AUGCCCAAAUUUAAGGCGGCCCGUGGGACCAAAGAUCGGGAAAAACAUGCGCCCCUGGAGGAACAGAUCUUGGCUGCGGACACAGUGCGGGCGGGGGUCCGGAAAAAGCGGAGGGGCGGUGGGACCCGAGAAGAGGAGGAAUUUGUGGGCCCUCAACUAACCCGACGGAUUUUGCAACAAGCGCGGCAGCAGCAAGAGGAGCUGGAAACAGAGCAUGGGACUAGCGACAGGCUCGCGGCUCCAAGGGAGCGCACCACGCGGCUAGGACCCAAGAUGCCACACGAUGGAUCAGAUGAUGAUGAGGAGUGGCCCACCCUGGAGAAGGCUGCCACGAUGACUGGGGUGGGCCACCAGGCAGAGGUGGUGGUGGAUGCUGAGGAUGAGCGUGCAAUUGAAAUAUUCAUGAAUAAGAACCCUCCUGCAAGGCGUACCCUGGCCGAUAUCAUCAUGGAGAAGCUGACUGAGAAGCAGACAGAGGUUGAGACGGCCAUGUCAGAGGUGUCAGGCCCCCCUAUGCCCCAGCUGGACCCAAGGGUCAUAGCGGUCUAUAAAGGAGUCCGGGAGGUGUUGUCGAAGUACCGCAGUGGGAAACUGCCCAAGGCUUUUAAGGUCAUCCCUGCACUUGCCAACUGGGAGCAGAUCCUCUAUAUCACGGAGCCUGAGUCCUGGAGUGCAGCCUCCAUGUACCAAGCCACCAGGAUUUUCACCUCUAACCUCAAGGAGCGCAUGGCCCAGCGCUUCUUCAACCUUGUCCUGCUUCCCCGAGUGAGAGAUGACAUUGCCGAAUACAAACGACUAAACUUCCACAUCUACUCGGCACUCAAGAAGGCCUUUUUCAAGCCUGGAGCCUGGUUUAAAGGGAUACUGAUCCCACUGUGUGAGUCUGGUACCUGUACCCUUCGGGAAGCCAUCAUCGUGGGCAGCGUCAUCACCAAGUGCUCCAUCCCUGUGUUGCAUGCCAGCGCGGCCAUGAUGAAAAUUGCUGAAAUGGAAUACAGUGGUGCCAACAGCAUCUUUCUGCGAUUGCUGCUGGACAAGAAGUACGCACUGCCCUACCGGGUGCUAGAUGCCGUGGUCUUCCACUUCCUGGGGUUCCGGACCGAGAAGCGCAAACUGCCUGUGCUCUGGCAUCAGUGCCUCCUGACCUUGGUGCAGCGCUACAAAGCAGACCUGUCCACCGAGCAGAAAGAGGCUCUCCUGGGAUUGCUCCGACUGCAGUCCCAUCCUCAGAUAACCCCUGAGAUCAGGCGUGAGCUGCAGAGUGCAGUCCCCCGAGAUGUGGAAGGUGUCUCCACCUCUAGGAAGUGAGG